AUGGCGGAAGCUGCAGCUAAAACCGUGCUGGACAAUAUAAGCCAGGGACAUCUGGAAUGUCCAAUCUGUUGCUGUCGAUUCAAGGAUCCCAAGAUGUUGGACUGUCUUCACAGCUUUUGCCUGAACUGUCUGGACGAGAUGAUGAGCAAACAGAAGUCAGAGACAGAGAAGAUAACUUGUCCAGUCUGCAGGAGAGAGACGCAAGUCCCUGAUGGAGGAUUGCAGAGCCUGUCUUCCAGCUUCUUUUUGAUUUCUCUGGUCGAUGAAAUAAACAAACAAGAACAAUUAUUAGGGAAGGCAUUAUCUGCUAGUGCGACGUGUGAAUCGUGUGAAGAUGGACACGAUGGUGAAUUGAGAUGUCCUGACUGCAAGGAGAACAUCUGCAAGAUGUGCCAAGAGGCACACCAGUUUCUGAGGUGCACCGAGGGCCAUCGUAUCAUUCCAGCACAGGAAUUGGAAACGUCGAGUGUUGUACCUACGGAUCUUACCAAGACUGUCACUCCAAAAUGUAGAAAACACAUUGAACAGCCGUUAUGUUUUUACUGUGAAUCCUGCGAUAUACUGAUUUGUGUAAUGUGUGCUGUAACAGAGCACCGAUCAGCAGACCACACGUACACUGAAGUCUCUGACGUCAUCAAAUCGUUUCGUGAAAAUGUCAACGACAUAUUGCAUAAGUUCGAGAAAAGCAAAGAGCAAUAUGCAUCAAAAGCAGACUCGAUCAAAUACGCACGGAAUAAAUUAAAAAUGAAACUUGCUCAGGCUCGUAGUGAUAUUUCUGCAAAGGAGGAGGCAGAGAUUGAUAAAAUCAGAAACAAAGCAAAGCUUCUCACAGAAAAGGUCGACGAAAUCGGUCAGGAGAGAGACAGCGAGUACGAAAAGGCGCUCAUGCACAACCGUGACCAGAUGGAACGCGCAGAUCAGAUCGUCACGGCAGUAAAUGACUUGAUGAGACAAGCCGAUGUUUUCGAGCUUUUGGAGCUCAAACCGAAAGUGAUGCACAACUUAGAAUUCCAGAAGGAGCUCAAGUGUGAACCGGCAAAGCUCGAUAUGGCGUUCAUCGGGGUAAAUUGUCAAAAUGUCGUCAGUGACACAGAUCUAGGGGAAAUAUUGCUCAAAGAGAAGUGGCAGUUGAAGGAAGAGUUCGGCAAGGAAGGCGCCGGUGACGGGGAAUUCCAGUGGGCCAAUGGUGUUGCAUGUUUCAACAACGGGGAUAUUGUUGUAACCGAUACAACGCAGAAUCGGCUAUCGUUGUUUACCUCCACCGGGUCUUACAAAACGUCUGUUAAACAAGGAGCUGGUGGUGAUCAGUUGGAAGCUCAGGCAGCCAAAUGUCGGGAAUUGGAAGCUCCUUGGAACGUUGCGGUUAACCGUGAUGAUCUGCUUUUCGUCACGGACCAAAAGAAAGUGAAGGUUUUUGACAAUGAACUACAGUUCAUACGCGAGUUUACACCCUCCGUUGACGAUGCAAAGAUGCUACCAGAGAGUGACCUUACUGGUAUUGCUGUGGACAAGCAACGAGUAGCAGUGGCUGAUUGGGGGAGAAAAGUCAUCACUGUCCACAGCUUGGGCGGAUCAUUGAUUGCAAGUACAUCGGACAACAUGACUACAAGUUUCCUAGCAAUGAGCAACAAAGAGCGGCUGAUUUUCACAAACUACGCGGAGAAGAGGUUGAUAUGCGUUGACUUAGAGGGCAAUGAGGUGUUCAACGUAAUGCCCUUAUUAAAAGGGAAACCAGCGAAACCGACAGGUGUCCUGUGCGACGAUGAUGGAAGCAUCUAUGUCGCUGUUCAGUCUGGUAACGUCGGCAAUACCGAAGUGCAACGUUACGACUCGAAUGGUGCAUUCAUAUCAACAGUAGCCCAAGGGUUUACCAAUCCGUUUCAAAUGGCAUUUUCCCCCGCUGGUGACGUCGUUGUCGCAGAUCUUCACUCAGUCAAGAUCUUUGAGCGGAUGUAA